GAGAUAAGAGUAAGAGAGAGAGAGAAGGGGAAGAGGGAAACAAAUAAAAGAAGAUAAGAGAUUGCUGUGUUUCUUAAGUUCUCUCUUGCAUUUGAGAUAUAUAGAUUUUCCAGUAAUGGAGAAAGCUCUGAGCAAAGUGGGGAGCAUCAAAGCUGGUACUUUCUGGGUUUCCAAGAAAGCCAAACAAGAGAUCUCCAACAUCUCCCAAGAUCUCUCUAGCUUGACUAACACAGUUGAAGAGAAGGCAAAAUGGGUAUUCAAUAAGCUAAAAGCAGGAAAACCAACAAAAUCUUUGGCGGAUUUGCUUCGGGAACACAACCUUCCAGCGGGGCUGUUCCCCCAAAACAUCACGUGCUACGAAUACGACGAGGUCACAUGUAAGUUGGUGGUGCAUUUGCCGUAUCCCUGCGAGCUGUGUUUCAAGGACUCGUCGGUGAUAAGGUACAGCGGGCGGCGCGUGAAAGCCACUCUUUCGCGGGGGAAGCUCGCCGGAGUGGAAGGAAUGAAGACGAAGGUUUUGGUGUGGGUUAAAGUGACGAGCAUCAACGUUGAGAGCUAUAAGUCGGAUAAAGUGUGGUUCGUCGCCGCCGGGGUGAAGAAGUCACGACCCAAAGACGCGUAUGAAACGCCUCGCGACGCCAUUAAAGUGGAUGAAUUUUGAACGCUCAAGAAACAGAUCAGAUACAGAUCGGAUAUAUGCAGGUACAUAUAGACAGAGAUAAUGUUGUUUACAAUGCCAAUGGGCACUGUGCUUUUUAUUACAAAUAAAAAGAAGCGGUCACAUUUUGUAAACAAAAUGUUAUUUAUAAAAAAGAGAAGUCAUUAUUUCUCCCUAUUACUUCUUUUGCA